AGGAAACAUGGCGUCCGCCUGUGUCUCAAUGAUUACCCGCACGCGGAAGUGAGUUGUGUUGCCCUCAGUAGCGAUGGCGUCCAAGGGGGCUCGACAGCGGUGGAAAGGAACCGGUGGAGAGAGGGAGGAAAAUAGCGGAAAACCGAAAGAAGAGGCCAAGGGGACGGAGCACAGAGCCGAAUCUACAUGUAGCAAGGCCGCACAGGUGUGGGCACCCGAAGGAGCCACUGCAUUUAAAUGCUUGAUAUCUGCCAGAUUCUGUGCUGCCCUGCUGAGCAACAUCUCGGACUGUGAUGAAACCUUCAACUACUGGGAGCCUACUCACUACCUUGUAUAUGGCAAAGGAUUCCAGACGUGGGAAUAUUCUCCAGCCUAUGCUGUACGCUCCUAUGCAUACCUCUGGCUGCAUGCUUUCCCUGCAUGGUUCCAUGCCAAUGUCCUCCAGACCAACAAGGUUCUGGUCUUCUACUUCAUACGGUGCUUUUUGGCGUUCUGUAGCUGUGUAUGUGAACUUUAUUUCUACAAGGCGGUUUGCAAAAGAUUUGGACUCCAUGUUGGGCGGUUGAUGUUGGCUUUCCUUGUCCUCAGCACAGGAAUGUUUUGUUCAGCUGCUGCGUAUCUCCCUAGCAGUUUCUGCAUGUACACCACGCUGAUCGCCAUGACGGGCUGGUACAUGGAGAAGGUCUCUGUGGCUGUGCUGGGUGUUGCUGCCGGGGCCAUUUGGGGCUGGCCUUUUAGCGCUGUACUCGGGGUGCCCAUCGCCUUUGAUGUGCUGUUUGUGAAACACAAGUGGAAGAGUUUUAUUAAUUGGUGUCUAGUGGCGCUGAUAUUAUUUCUGGUUCCUUUGGUGGCCAUUGAUAGUUAUUAUUAUGGAAAGCUUGUGAUAGCCCCUCUUAAUAUUGUCCUGUAUAAUGUCUUCACGCCUCAUGGACCUGAUCUGUACGGCACAGAACCUUGGCCUUUCUACUUCAUCAAUGGCUUCCUCAACUUUAACAUUGUCUUCAUUAUGGCUCUCUUUGCUUUGCCCUUGACGUGGCUGAUGGAGCAUCUGCUGCAGAGAAUUAACACAGUUCAGAACCUUGGUAGACCGUAUUGGCUUACAUUGGCUCCAAUGUAUAUCUGGAUUUUGAUUUUCUUCACACGACCACAUAAAGAGGAGAGGUUUCUCUUUCCUAUCUACCCCCUCAUUUGCUUGUGCGGGGCCGUAGCCCUCUCUGCUCUGCAGAAAUGUUACCAUUUUUUAUUCCAACGGUACCGUUUAGAGCAUUACACGGUUUCUUCAAACUGGCUUGCCAUUGGUACGGUCCUACUGUUUGGUCUCCUGUCCUUUUCUCGUUCCAUUGUCUUGUUCAGAGGUUAUCAUGCACCAUUAGAUUUAUACCCAGAGUUUUACAGAAUUGCGAAGGACCCGGCUCUUCACACUGUACCAGACAGCAAGACAGUGAAUGUGUGUGUGGGGAAAGAGUGGUAUCGCUUUCCAAGUAAUUUUCUUCUUCCAGACAAUUGGCAACUUCAGUUCAUUGAAUCGGAGUUCAGAGGACAACUCCCGAAGCCUUACGCUAAGGGGCGGCAAGCUACAAGAAUCAUCCCCAAGGAUAUGAAUGAUCAGAACCUGGAAGAGACCUCCAGAUAUGUGGACAUCACUAAGUGUCACUAUUUAGUUGAUUUGGAUACGGCCACUAAGACAGCUCGGGAGCCACGGUACUCUGCUAAGGAAGAAUGGACAGUUAUAGCUUACAAGCCAUUCCUGGAUGCUUCAAGGUCCUCCAAACUGUUCCGAGCCUUUUAUGUCCCAUUUGUAUCCAGUUGGCACACAACCUACUCUAAUUACACUAUUUUGAAAGCCCGUCGGCCCAAGCAGAUUAAGAGGAAGAAUUUAGGUUAAGUAAACUCCUGGUCCAAAGACAAGAACCCAGUUGGUCUUACUGAGAAAUCUCCUAAUAUCCUCCUGUUCCAGCCAGGGGAACUUUUCAUGAAGAUUUGUUGUGGCGGUGUAUCUGAGCUCUGCUGCUUUUUGACUGUAAAGAAGAGUCUUAUAAUAUGUUCUGGUCGACUCUAAAUUUACUACGAUUAAUACAAACAUUAUACAGAGUCGUAAAUCUUAGUAUCUUCACCCGGUAUCUGCUUUGUAAAGGCUGCUACCAUAGGUGUUUCCAUUCAUGAUUCUGUGUGAUGUCAUGAUGUUCUGUGCCGUGUCCAUCUGUUAAUGUGUUUAUAUAAUUCCUGAAAUCUGUCUAUGGGGUGGAAGAGCCUUUAGGUCUGACUAGAGAGCUCAAUCCAUCAUAUUUAUUUCUUCUACUUCUCUUUGGGUUCGGGUUGUAGCUUACACAAAUAUACAAGGUUGCCAAUCAUUGCAGACACCUGGAAGAUCCCCUUACCACUCGAAAGUGAAGAUCUUUCUCAUCCUGUUAGGCCUAAAAUAGCGUGACCAACGCCAUUAAUGGGUAUAAUAAUCUGCCACAAUUAUUUGCACAGAAAGCAGUACCUCCUCAGUCCACAAGAAGGUCCACUCCACUUUCCCUAUCCUCCACAUCGCAUCCAUAUGUCUUUGUGAUAUGUUUCUUGUUCUGAGACCAAAACUGAACAUGGUGCGUGGAUCAGUCCUGGUGAAGGUGCCAUCAACGUAUUGCCAGAACCUGCACAUUAUGGACAAAUAUAACAUAAGCAGCUGGUAAAAAAAAAGUGUGAAUGUUGUUUUAUAACAACAUAGAUGUGCAAGUGUGGAAUAUACCAAACUCAACCAAUAAUUGAGGGAUAAGUAGUGAUAUUUUAAUUGUUUAAAGAUACUGGACGACACUAUUGAAACUACCUGAGGUUUUAGUAACAAUAGCCAAUGUUUCUUCUGCAAGCACCAGAACAUGGAGCAUUCUUAUAGUACAGACCUCAAGAAUGGUGGCAGAGAUUGUUUACAUGAUCAUUUAAGUUACGGCCUAGACAUUUACUUUACUUGAGGUAAUAAAUUGAUUAGUUAGUUUUAGUUUUAGGAUGGGUUUCCAAGUUCAGGUUUCUUGAUGCAAGAAAAGGAGAAGACUCAGUCUUUCCUUAUACAUGUCCUUGGGAUGAGCUUCAAAAAUUGCAUUAAGAUACCUGAACGUGUAAACCGAGCCAUAAUUUAGUAUGAAGGUGGUGAUUGAAAUACAUUGUGAUGAACUGGAAAUAUGAUAUACUCUUUGUAUGAUAUACUCUAUGGCAGGCCGUACGUAGCCAGAUUCUGGAUUGUCAAUAGUAUUACAUUGGGAUAGAUGAGAAGCUCCGUCAACCCAUGUUGGGUUUUAAGGUGGACAUUCACACUGGAUUAAAGAGACACAUACACCUUCAAUGGCUAUCGGCCAACAUCGCUUUCUCCUGACUCCCCCAUGCACAUACAUGUUAAGUUCAUGCAAGUGUGUACAUGUUUUAAAUGAGGAGAAAGAAACUGUAAGACAAUUCUGGCUGUUGCUUAUUUCCCAGUUAAACAAAAGGAUCUGGCAAAUAAAUUAAAUUUGCCUGACCAUUCUCUCCCACCAGCAUCAUCUGUCGGGAGAAAAGCCACUGCCAGAGGUGUCCCCUUUCCCCAUUAAGAACAUAUUUACACUCAGCCAAGCCGAGCAUACAUAUGCACAGAGAGAUCAAUCAAAAUAGUUCUCGACUAUUGAAGGUUUAGAGCUAAAUUAACUUGCAGUGUACUUGCAUUUAUGUCCAUCUUAUAUGCUGAACUUAAAGGAGUUUUCCUGGAUUUUAAUAUUGAUGGCUAGAGUUCACCAAAGCUAGCUUCGGAUGUUUAAAUUGAAGUCGCUUCGUUCAAAUCUUCGGCAUAAUACUGUACUGUAUGGGCUCCAAGGAGCCAAAGUAAGUUAUUCACGAAGUUGCGCAAAACUUCAUAAAAAAUCAACUACUGAAGUUAUUCAAAGUGGAAAACCACUUUAAAACUUGAAACUGAACUCUGCUUCGGUUCUGAGGUACCAGUCAGUACUUAUCUCAACUCUAUUGAUGACCUAUACUCUGGAUAGGUCAUCAAUAUCAUAUCGGUGGGAGUCCAACACCUGGCAUCUCCACCAAUCAGCUGGUUGUAGGGAAGGUUGCACUCCGCGUGAGCCUAGCGUUCCCUUGUUUGUUCACCUGCGCUGAUCGACAGGGGUGCCAGGGGUCGGACCCCCGCCGAUCUGAUAUUGAUCAAUAUUAAAAUCCCAGAAAACCCCUUUAAGAACCAGAUUCAUUCUUAUGUCUCCUUGUAUUUAAUUUUUUUUAAAAUAAAAGUUACAUAACGCAUCUUUCAUCUGAGAACCUUGUUGCCAGAAAUACUUUUGACUUAUUAAAGAGGUUGUGCCAAGUUUUGAAGUUAUCCCCAAUCCACAGGAUAGGAGAUAACUAACUGAUCAGUGGGGGUCUGACCACUGGGACCCUCACCAAUCCCGAGAGCUGGGAUGACAUCCCCCAUCUGAUGAGCAUGCGUCCUGCCACUUCAUACGUUUUAUAUGGGAUCGCUGGAAAUAGCAGAUUGCUGUACUCAACCUGCCGCUCUAUCAGAUCAGGGGAACGGGCCACUCCGCUAUUUCCAAUCAAUUAGUUUUCCCCUAUCCUGUGGAUAGGGAAUAACUUCAAAACUUGGCACAACCCCUUAAGUAGUGGUAAUUUAAAAAUCAACUGGAUUAAUUUCGUAGUUGUAUAGCUACCAGGUAUGGAUGAAUAAAAUUCAUCUCAGAUAUUAACUGUUGGUAACUUCAUAGCUCUUAAAAAUCUAUACAUUGCAAUAAUGACUGAUUCCAAAAAGUUAUGAAUGAAACAAGGUGCAGAUCCUAAAGAGCCAGAAUACCAACAUACCUUAAAUUUUAGGUUUGAUGUCCAAAAUUCAGAAGUCUUUUUGAGAGGCUUCAGGAGGUCAGUUGAUGAACAUCUUCCCCGUCUCCUUAAAAAUCCAGCUGGCGCCGAGGUUUGGCCGCCUGGCUCAUGGAUUCUGCAUUGUUUUGUCUGUUCCCGGUUUUAUUUUAAACAGUGGCUUGAUAGAUAAUGUGGUCAAGGACAAAACUGCUAAUUGUAAUCAAACGUGCUUUCAUUUUCUACAUUACAAAAACUAUUAGAAGCCAGUACCAGGAUUACAGCGUUCACAAUGACUUAUUCACUGGUUUCCCAUGUGCUCUACAAUAGGCUGAUUUCAGUCUUCUACUCCAUACACUGAAAACAUUAGAGUUACAUAGUUAAUACGGUUGAAAAAAGACAAAUGUCCAUCAAGUUCAACCAAGGAAUAGGUGGGGAUGCGA